AGAUCACACGCCAUUUCAAUAUAUAUACGAAUCUCAUCUAGAAUUCUCCAUCCAUUUGUUUUCAAUUCCUGUUACUGUUGUUUAUCUUAUACCUUAAAAACUAUAUCACCUACUCACAAAUUAUACCUUUUUCAUCAUCUAUUCAAUGUUGUUGGAAGAAACAGAACCACCAAACCAGACUCUAGAUCAUGUCCUAAGCUGGCUUGAGGAUUCUGUGUCCUUAUCCCCAUUACCAGGAUUUGAUGAUUCUUAUUUGCUCCACGAGUUUGAUGGGUCUCAAACGUGGGAAUGGGAUCAGACUCAAGAUCCGGAGCAUGGUUUUAUUCAAAGCUAUAGUCAAGAUCUUAGUGCAGCAUAUGUUGGUUGUGAAGCAACUAACCUGGAAGUGGUAACAGAAGCUCCAUCCAUUGAUUUGGAUCUUCCACCUGAAAUUCAGCAACCAAACGAUCAGUCCAGGAAAAGGAGCCACGACGGGUUUCUCGAGGCACAACAGGUGAAAAAAUCGGCAAGGAGCAAGAGAAAAGCAAUCAAGUCUAGUGAGAAGAGCUCCAAAGAUGGUAACAAGGAAGGGAGAUGGGCAGAGAAGUUGCUUAACCCUUGUGCCUUGGCCAUUACGGCAAGUAACUCAUCAAGGGUUCAACAUUACCUUUGUGUUCUCUCUGAACUGGCCUCUUCUUCUGGUGAUGCUAAUCGUCGGCUUGCAGCUUUUGGUCUUCGGGCUUUGCAACAUCAUCUUUCCUCAUCCUCUGUGUCAUCAUCCUUUUGGCCUGUUUUUACUUUUGCUUCAGCGGAAGUGAAGAUGUUUCAAAAGACUCUGCUUAAGUUCUACGAGGUAAGCCCUUGGUUUGCUUUGCCUAACAACAUGGCAAACUCAGCUAUCCUGCAGAUUUUAGCACAGGAUCCCAAAGAUAAAAAGGAUCUUCAUAUUAUUGAUAUUGGUGUUUCUCACGGUAUGCAAUGGCCCACUUUGUUGGAGGCUCUGAGCUGCAGACUAGAAGGACCUCCUCCUCGUGUUCGAAUAACCGUUAUAUCAGAUCUAACCGCAGACAUACCUUUCUCUGUUGGUCCACCAGGUUACAAUUAUGGUUCUCAACUCCUAGGCUUUGCUCGGUCUCUCAAGAUCAACCUUCAGAUUAGUGUACUUGACAAGUUACAACUCAUUGAUACCUCACCUCACGAGAACUUAAUCGUGUGUGCUCAGUUUAGGCUGCAUCACCUGAAGCAUAGCAUCAAUGAUGAGAGAGGCGAGACUUUGAAAGCAGUGAGAAGUUUAAGGCCAAAAGGAGUGGUUCUUUGUGAGAACAAUGGAGAAUGCAGUAGUAGUGCGGACUUUGCAGCAGGAUUCUCGAAGAAACUGGAGUAUGUAUGGAAGUUUCUGGAUUCAACAAGCUCGGGAUUUAAAGAAGAGAAUAGCGAAGAGAGAAAACUAAUGGAAGGAGAGGCAACAAAGGUGUUGAUGAAUGCAGGAGAUAUGAAUGAAGGAAAAGAGAAAUGGUAUGAGAGGAUGAGAGAAGCUGGUUUUUUUGUAGAAGCAUUUGAAGAAGAUGCAGUUGAUGGAGCCAAAUCCUUACUAAGAAAGUAUGACAACAAUUGGGAAAUAAGAAUGGAAGAUGGAGAUACCUUUGCUGGAUUAAUGUGGAAAGGAGAGGCAGUUUCCUUUUGUUCAUUGUGGAAGUAGCUCUUUAUGUUUGUCUUUAGUUUUUGUUGUAAGCUUCCAAAUUUAAAAGAAAUAAAGUAAUAACAGAAAAC